UUCCGGCUGGGGAGCCCGCGGAAGGCGGAAGUAUGUGAGUCGGCAGUGGAGAAACGCCGCUGAGGUGUCACUAGCGUCGCUUCCCGCCCGUGGUCUGGGCUCGGAAGCUCGGAGGCGGAUACCAGAACAAGAGAGGGACGAUGGUCAUGAGGCGGUUGCCUGGCCUGGCGGGGUCUGGAGGCUGAACUGUCCCGCCGCCUGCUCCCGGGUCUCCUGCUGGCAGCCGCCGGCGCCGGCCCUCAGGAUGACUGCGCCCGCCGCCUCCAACUGGGGGCUGGUCACGAACGUAGUGAACAGCAUAGUGGGGGUCAGCGUGCUCACCAUGCCCUUCUGCUUCAAACAGUGAACAAGCACAUGUGACUCACUCCACAUUGAAGAACACCACAUUUCCAGCCCCCUGCCAAUCACUCGUGCCCACCAACUACCUUUGGUGCUAGAGUGUGGCAUUGUCCUGGGGGCCCUGCUGUUGGUCUUCUGCUCCUGGAUGACGCACCAGUCGUGCAUGUUCCUGGUAAAGUCUGCCAGCCUGAGCAAACGGAGGACCUACGCCAGCCUGGCAUUCCACGCCUAUGGAAAAGCCGGGAAGAUGCUGGUGGAGACCAGCAUGAUUGGGCUGAUGCUGGGAACCUGCAUUGCCUUCUAUGUUGUGAUUGGUGACCUGGGGUCCACCUUCUUUGCUCGGCUCUUUGGGUUCCAGGUGAGCGGCACCUUCCGUGUUUUCCUGCUCUUCUUGAUGUCCCUGUGCAUUGUGCUCCCGCUCAGUCUGCAGAGGAACAUGAUGGCCUCCAUCCAAUCCUUCAGCGCCAUGGCCCUCAUCUUCUACACCGUCUUCAUGUUUGUGAUCGUGCUGUCCUCCCUCAAGCACGGCCUCUUCGGUGGGCAGUGGCUGCAGCGGGUCAGCUAUGUGCGCUGGGAGGGCGUCUUCCGCUGCAUUCCCAUCUUCGGCAUGUCCUUCGCCUGCCAGUCCCAGGUCCUGCCUACCUACGACAGCCUGGACGAGCCGUCUGUGAAGACCAUGAGUUCCAUAUUUGCUUCCUCCCUCAAUGUGGUUACCACCUUCUACGUCACGGUGGGGUUUUGUGGUUACGUCAGCUUCACCGAGGCCACGGCAGGCAAUGUGUUGAUGCACUUCCCCUCCAACCUGGUGACCGAGAUGAUCCGUGUGGGCUUCAUGAUGUCGGUGGCCGUGGGCUUCCCCAUGAUGAUCCUGCCCUGUAGGCAGGCCCUAAACACGCUGCUUUUUGAGCAGCAGCAAAAAGAUGGAACCUUCGCUGCUGGAGGCUACAUGCCCCCACUCCGGUUUAAAGUGCUGACCCUCUCGGUUGUGUUUGGAACCAUGGUUGGUGGCAUCAUGAUCCCCAAUGUGGAGACCAUCCUGGGCCUCACGGGGGCGACAAUGGGGAGCCUCAUCUGCUUCAUCUGUCCAGCUCUAAUCUACAAGAAGGCCCAGAAGAACGCCCUCUCUGCCCAGGUGGUGCUCUGGGUUGGCCUGGGCGUGCUGGUGGUCAGCACACUCACCACCCUGUCUGUGAGUGAGGAGGCCCCUGUGGACCUGGUGAAGGAGGCUCCCAGCAGCCGGCUCGGGGAGGCCGAGGGUGCCGUGAAAGCGGAGGUGGCCCAGCUCGCAGCCCAGGACCUUGUGGUGGAUGUGGCCAAGGAUGGCUGGGAGAAGCCGAAGCUGCCGGAGGAGAAGGAGGAGCUGGAGCGGGCCCAGAUUAAGGGCCCCGUGGAGCUGCCUGCUGGGGAAGAGGCUGCUGAGAGGCAGGAGGUUGCACAGCUGGACCGCCCUGGGCAAGGUCUCGCUGUCCCGCUGGGGGAGGCCCACCGGCAUGAGCCUCCCGUCCCUCACGACAAGGUGGUGGUGGAUGAAGGUCAAGACCGAGAAGGACCGGAAGAGAACAACCUGCCUUCCAGACACACAGAUCGAGGGGCUCCCGGGGGCGAGGGCCUGGCACCACCUCCCAAACCAGAGAGAGAGGAGGAGCUGGAGAGGGCAGAGGCCUUAGGGGACGUGAGGGGCCUCCCUGAAGACCUCCAGAAGGUCCCAGAGGCAAAUGGCCAGCCUGCUGUCCAGCCGAAGAAGGAGGACCCCGGGCCAGGCAGCAGAGACCUGCACCCAGGGCCCCAGGCGGCCCUCCUGGCAGAGAAGAACCCCAGGGCGGCAGAUGCAGGGGAGGAGGCCGUGCGUGACGCUGCGGGGGAUGCGGGGAACGUCCUGGAGAGCGGCCCUGGUGGGAAGCUGCCCCUCCCGGGGCAGAGGCCAGCCGCUGGGGCUGGGCUGCAGCCGGAGCAGCCGGGGCAGCGGGAGCAACGGGACACGGAGCAGGCAGCGGAGCGGCCGGGCGGAGACCAGACGGGCAGCAAGCUGGAGGCUGAAAUUAAAAAGAUAGUAGCAGCAGAAGCUGGCCGGGCUGAGAUGCUGGACCACGCCGUCCUGCUGCAGGUGAUCAAAGAGCAGCAGGUGCAGCAGAAGCGGCUGCUGGACCAGCAGGAGAAGCUGCUGGCUGUGAUUGAGGAGCAGCACAAGGAGAUCCACCAGCAGCGGCAGGAGGACGAGGAGGACAAGUCCAGGCAGGGAGACAUGCAGCCAGAGCCCGGGGUGGCUGUGCCCAGAGGUCAGGAGCAGGAAGCUCGAGACAGGCAUGCUGGGGAGAUGGUGGAGAAUGGCCCUCCGAAGCCUGUGGGGCCUGUGCCCGGAGCUCCUGGGGACCGGCCUGCCCCACCCCAAGAGCUGGGCCAGCACUCCCCGGAGAAGCCCAGGCAGGCUGUGGAAAGAGACCCAGCUGGUCCUCCUGGUGGUGUCUCUGACACAGAGCCCUGGGCAGCCCAGGCCAAGCUGAGCAAAGACCAGAAGGGCGCUGUGCCUGAGGCACCCAAGGCUGUGAAGCCCGUGCCCAAGUCUGACCCCACAGGGGCCCCUGGGAGCCCCGAGAAGCGGCUUGCUGAGGAGGUCCCCAGAGAGAGCCAGGAUGUUUUUGGCAGAGCUUCCCAGGAAAGGAAGCAAACUGGAAAGAAAGUAGUGGCCCUUGGAGCCAACGCUCAGAAUGAGGCUGCCAGGCCCAUGGCAGGGGCAGGCGCGGAGCCUGGGGACGCCCUUGUGAAAGCCAGGCAGGCAGACCCAGGACCUGCUGUGGGCCCGUCGGGCCGGCCAGCAGUCAUGGCCCCUCAGCCCCAGGCUGCACUGGAUCAGCCUGAGCCCCGGGCCGUCUCUGAUGGGGGCCAGGGUGGUCACCUGGAAGCAGGGCAGGAGUCACCUGGAGGAAACCACGCACCCACCCCUACCCGGCAGCCAGGAGCUGGGCAGGAUGCUGCCGGCCAGGAGCCCAGGCAGAGGUCAGGCCCUGAGCCCGGGCCCAGACUCACUGUCCCCGAGGCUCAGAGGCCGGACAAGGCCAAGCCCAACCGAGACCUGAAACUGCAAGCUGGCUCCGACCUUCGGAGGCGGCGGCGGGAUCUCGCCCUUCAUGGAGAGGGGGACCCGUCCCCAAAGGAUGGGGUCAUCAUCAGCUUUAACCCCCUCCUGGACAUCCCGGCCAAUGACCUUCGCAGCGCCCUGGACACCCAGCUCCGCCAGGCCGCUGGAAACGCACUGCAGGUGGUUCACAGCCGGCAGAUCAAGCAGCUGCCCGGGCCUCCUGAGGAGGCCUGAGCACCCCUGAGCAGUUGGCCUCCCGGCCCCGGCCUGGCUGAACCUGGACCUCAAGCUUGCUGAGCCCCAGGGCUGUGUCUGAGACCCUCACCAAGUACUCGUCUCUGCACCUGCUGUGCUCGUGUGUCCCACAAGUGGCUCUGAGUGAGGUGGCACUGAGGCCCGACUCGUAGCUGAGGAGAGCUGUGUCCUGCCUGCGGCACCUUUGACAUCGCCAGGGCUGGGCCACCACUGGGCUCUGAGAACCUCCACUCACCAGGACAGUCCCGGCUGCCAGUGUCCCACGGCACUGUGCCCCUCCUCAGGGCCUUGGUACCCGCAUCAGUGCCCUGCACACCCCGGGGUCUGCUCUUUGAAAUCAAAUUACUGAGGUAAAAAAUAAAUAAAAACCUGACUGACCAGUCAA